AUGCUGCGCUCGCUUUUCACGCUCCUCGCGAUCGUCGCCGCGAUGGCGACCGCCGACCACAUCACGGGCGGGUAUGGCCCGACCAAGUCCCGCGUCUCGCUGGACGCCAAGACCGACUUCUUCGCGGCCGUUGGCGACGACGCGCACUACGCGCCCGAGACCAACGGCGUCCGCGUCUGCGCGACCACGUUUGUGAGCGUCUCGCAGCAGGUGGUCGCAGGUAUCAACUACAAGUUCCGCGUCAAGGGCUGCGCUGUCGACCGCGCGGCCAACGCCGUCCAAGACUGCGCCUGCCCCACGGACGCGCCGCGCCAGACGUACGAGAUCAGCAUCUUCGUCCAGGGCUGGACCGACACGUACGCUGUCAACAGCAUCACGAACGUCACGGACGCCAAGGCCGACUUGUAA